UUCUAGGCAAAAGUAACAUUAAUGAUAUAUACAUUCAAUUCACACCACAAGUUGAUAACAAUUUAUAAAUUCCUAUCCCUUAUAAAUAUAUAUCAUCAUCAUUUAAUUAAGUACACAUACAUAUUUCCAAUUCUGCCAUCCUCUCUCCAAAAUAGAAACAAUGCAAACUAUGAUGCCAACAAAGCCAACAGAGACAAGAAAAACCAUGAGAAUUAAUAAUCUCCCCCCACAAAAUAGUAAUAGUAAUAUUCUACAGAGACGCCUCCACAUUCUUCUCUGCUACACAAAAGCAUCCGAACAAGAUUCCGGCUGGAUUCUUGCCGGACGCAUGAAGGAGUCGCUCGGGAAAGCUCUCGAAGAAGAGCCGAUCCUCGCUGGGAGGCUGCGGCGGCUGUCGGAAGAAAGCGACGGCGGCGGCGGAGGAGAUUUCGAGAUUGUUUCGAAUGACGCCGGGGUUCGAACGGUGGAGGUGAAAGCUGAUCAUGUGAAGUUGGCUGAGUUUGUAGAUGAGUUGAAGGCUAAUAAGAGAGAAGCUCAUGAGCUUGUGUAUUGGGAGGAUAUUGUGCAGCACAACCCUCAGUUUUCACCACUGAUCUAUAUCCAGGUGACAAACUUUACUUGUGGGGGAUAUUCAAUUGGAAUCACCUCAAGCCUUCUUCUUGUGGAUCCUUUUACAUUUUCAAACUUCCUUAAAAAAUGGUGCAAAAUCCACAAAACCAUAUUUUCAAGAACUAAUACCUCCAAAAUUCCUUAUCUUUACUUUCCUAAUUAUGCAUCGUCUCCUAAUGAUUAUCGACUAAUUAUGGGCUCUAAUUAUAAGACAUGCAAAAAUAAUACUAAUGCAUCUGCUCAAAGUGUAAUUCUCACAGUUCCAAAAAAUAUUCUUCAUAAUAAUCACAAGAAUCUUGCUGCUUUAUGCAUCGAAGAGGCGGAACGAAAAACGGGCUCGAAAAUGGCAUCGAGCUUGUCGUUGUUGCUACACAAGUUGCCUUGUGAAGAGGAGGAUACUUACUAUAAUAAGGUUGAAAUGUGUUCAAGAAAAGGGCUUUUAGAGGGUUUAUUAGUAUCGGAAAACGAGAUUAGUGGACUAAUCAACACUAAUUGUGCAAUUAGAACAUGGGAUGAACUGGGAUUGGACAGUUUGUGUUUCGACGAAGGAAAUAAAGCUGAUUAUGUUUCUUGCUGGAUUAGUUCGUCACCGGCGGUUAGUGACGAAGGCUCCGUCAUGAUUAUUAGUCCUUCGGGUGAUGACACCGACACUUUUGGAAUCAAAGUUGUGGUCACAUUCGAUUAAAAGUACGCUUGGUUUUUUU